UUCAAAAACAUACUUCAGCACACAGCAUGGUGCAUUAAAGAUAAUUAAAUUGAACAUGUUAAUUUAUAAAGAAAUCUUUAUUGAAUUCAGAAUCGAGACUCAGGACAAAAUUUAGGUAUUGGUAUCAGAAUUGCAAUAAAAUAUUUUUGGUGUGGCCCAUCCCUAAUAAAAAUAGAGGAUGGGGCUAUAUUCCUAUUCCUUCGUAACACGCUCCAAUCAGAAUCAAUUUUUUUAAUUGGCUCAGUAUUUAUAAGCAACAAUAUUAUAGUAAUGUGCUUGUAUUAAAGGAGUUAGUAAUUUAAACUAGCUUCGAAAAAUAAUUGUUAAUUUGUGCAUGUGGAGAACUGUAAUGAUUUAUUCUUUUUUUUCAGAUGCAAAAUCUAAACCAUAAGUUAAUUUAAGAAAACAGUAAAACGCACCUAAGUCAAGAUAUGCAAUAAAUAAUUUUGUGCCAAACGCAUAAUAUGAUACCUAACUCGCAUAUUGGAGUAAAAUAGAAAACACUUGCUAAUAGUAAACAAAUGUGGGCUUGCUCUCUCAUGCCCUAACACUAACAUUAGAAUACAGUAGCAUCGACUUGUCUGCACAUAACCAGUACAACUACGUGGCGAUAAAAACUAGGUUUCUUCAGUACUUAUGCAUUUAACUUUAUGAUAAUCAGGUUUCAAUAUUUUUGUUGAAUUUGAGAAAUUGUAUCCUGUGUAGUCUUUAUUUUUAAAAUGGAAUUGUCAAUAACUUUUUCUCUGAUUGUUAUUGGUAAAGUGGUAUGUGUUAAGCAGGUGUGGCUGUGUUCUUGUUUUUGUUCACUAGUUUGCAGAGUUGAUAUCUUCAUUUGGAUAUACAGAUGGAACAGAAAGUCAUUAUCUAGAAGAUGUAAAAGCUGCGGACACUUUGUCAAAUCCAAUGUCUUCAAAGCCUGAAAUAUAUAAGACAGCUAUUGAGAUUUGGAAAGAUGCAGAGACAUCACAAUCUAAGUCGAUUUCUUCAGAUCCAGGUUCACUUGGCAAGGAAGCUGUGUUUGAAACUUCGGAUUUAGAUCACCAGCUGCCUUGUGGAAAUGCUGCAGAUGUUAGUUCUUCAGUUCAGGGAUCAAACACCCCUAACUACACAAGUAUUUUUGAUUCCUUGCCAGAACCUCCGGUCGUCUCGUCUCCGCUUGUCACAUCAACAGCACAGGAUUUCACUCUGGAGCCGACAUUUGCCAGUCAAGGGCUGGGAGGUUGGACACCAGUUGGAAUAGUCCAAAACUGCCUGGAAUAUCUCCAUGUGGAUUGUGGACUACCGUGGUGGGGAGCCGUCGUGUGUGGUACUCUAGUGAUUCGACUACUAAUGUUCCCCAUAGUUGUAAUUGCCCAACGAAAUUCGGCAAAAAUGAACAACAACUUGCCUCAAAUGCAACAUUUGCAAAUGAAAAUAACAGAGGCAAGACAAAGAGGUGACAAAAUUGAUGCUGCAAGAUUUACAAACGAAAUGAUGAUGUUCAUGAAACAAAAGGAUGUAAAUCCAUUUAAAAACAUGUUACCACCUUUAUGCCAGGCUCCAGUGUUUAUCUCCGUGUUCAUGGGUCUGCGAGGCAUGUCCAGCAUCCCCGUGGAGAGCUUAAAGACUGGAGGCCUUUGGUGGUUUACUGACCUCACUGUUCCUGACCAGUUUUAUAUUCUGCCACUAAUAACUAGUGCUACACUUUUCUUGACCAUUAAGGUUGGAGCUGAAACUGGACAGCCAACUCAAAAUAUGAUAAUAAUGAAAUAUGUGAUGAUGGGUUUACCACUGAUAGUAUUUCCAUUCACCUUAAACUUUCAUGGGCUAAUGCUUGUCUACUGGACAACGUCAAACUUCAUAUCUCUAUGUCAAGUUGGAUUCCUAAGGGUACCAAAAGUAAGAGAGUAUUUCAAGAUUGAGAAGAUAGUCCGGCAUCAAAAAACCACCUUACCAAUAAAAGACAAAGGAUUUGUAAACAAUAUUAAAGAUGCGUGGAACAACAUGAAAAUAACAAAUGAGUUGGAGCAGAGGGAGAGGGCAGACAAGAUGGCGUUCAUGAGAGCAGGCAGAGAACCGAUCAAGAAGACUUACAAGUACGACCCAACACAAGUGCGAGCUAAGAGCUCAUCUGCUGCCCAAGCAAAGAAGAGUGUGUAAAUAUAAGUUGAGAUAGAAGAGAAGAGAUUGUCUAUUUUGUACAUUGUAAAGCUAGAACUGUUGUACAUGUGACCCUUUUUAAACUGUAUAACACUUAAUUGUUAUUUAUUAGUAUAAGUAGUUAUUAUAUAAUUAUUUAUAUUAAUUAUAAAUAAAAAUAUGAGACAAAAGGCA